UGUUUUAUCUAUCUAUAUAUAUAUAUGUUUAAAUAUUUUAUUUCUCUCCAACUCCUCACAUGGAUUUUGAUGUUGUUUUCAGAACGCAAUUUCCGUUUCUCGCGAAAAUUCUCUAUGACGAUGAUUUCGAUAUAAACGAUUUCAGCGACGAAGCUUCUGUAGUCGGCGGAGAGUUCUUGGAACCUCACCGGGAUAAUAUCGAUGGCUCUUUCUCCGAAAAAUCGUCCGACAUUUUGCCGAUUCGAAACGCGAUAUCCGAUAGUCCCGAUCGAAAUCUAGCCUCGUCUAUCAUAAACACCGCUUUUGAUUGCUACAACUCCGCUUUCGAUCAAUUCAACCAACUCAUCACUCGCGAAACGCCCUCGAAAGAGGCCUUCAUGAGUAUCAAUCCCUUCCCGUGCAACUUCGCCUUCGAGGCAUUUCUCUAUAAUGUAUCUAGCAACCAAGAAUUCUUCACUAUGGAUAGCACCGGCCCCGGGGCUUUGUCGGAGGGCAUUUCCGGUAUUUUGCAUGGCUUGCCGGAGCAUGUCAUGUGGGAUGGUACUCUUCACGGUCAGCCCGAACAUGAUCAAGGGCUCACAGUCGCCGAGCCAGUCCUUGAGUCCUCGAUGGUUGAAUCUCUGCCGUUGGAUCUGGUUCCGGCGGUUGAUAUCCGGAACCGGUGUCAAGAUCAGGCGAUGAAAGCCGGUCAGAUCAUCAAGAAGAGCAAGAGAAUGAUGAUGAGAAGGGGAAGCAAAUCUUCGAAGAAGGCCAACAUAAUCAAAGGGCAAUGGACUCCUCAAGAGGACAGGUUGUUGAUGCAAUUGGUUGAACGACAUGGCAUAAAGAAAUGGUCUCAGAUUGCAAAGAUGCUCCAUGGCCGAGUAGGGAAGCAAUGCAGAGAGAGGUGGCACAACCAUCUUCGUCCCGACAUCAAGAAAGAUGCAUGGAGCGAGGAAGAGGACAGGAUACUAAUCCAGGCUCACAUGGAGAUCGGAAAUAAAUGGGCAGAGAUUGCUCGGAGGCUACCUGGUCGAACAGAGAACACAAUCAAAAACCAUUGGAACGCAACCAAAAGGAGGCAGCAUUCGAGAAGGACCAAGGGAAAAGACGAAAAUGCCCUCGUCCCUCGUAGCCAGGCUCUCCAGGACUACAUCAGGUCCGUCACCGACGACGACCCCUCAAACGCAGUCGCCGCCAUUGCCGCCGCAAACGCUAGUCGCAGGGUCAGAGACAAGGGCAAGAGGGCGGCGGUUCAAGAGCAGCGGCGUGACCAUGAGAUGGGGGAGAGAUAUGACUUUGGCAAUAACUGUGAGUAUCUUGUCAACGGAGUAAUGGGUCUAAGACUUGACGCGGGUGCUCAAAUGCAGAUUCCUGCGAUUACUUCUGCGUCCGGCUCGGGUUCUGCGUCUGCGUCUGGGAGUGGUACAGAAUUUGAUGAACAGAUUCUGGACAGCUGGAUGCUUAUGUACGGCUGUGAUCAAUUGAUGAUGAAUGAGAUAGCUCUCUUGGAGACCCUUACCGGUGGUGGAAGUGCUUAGGCGAUGUAUCAAACUCAAGAACUUAUAUAUAUAUAUAUAUAUAUAUAUAUAUAUAUAUAUUAUCUCUCGUAUAAUAUAUAGUUUAA